GAUUCAGCGACAAAUUCGUGCUUGCAACUACACUUAACAAUUAUUAUCAAAAAAAAAUUUUAACUUUAAAAUGAAGACAGUUAGUCCACAUUUACGCUAUUUAGGGGGUUUCGCUGCGUUUUUAGGAACGAUUCAAGGAUUAACAUGGUGGAUUUUAUCGUGUUUGGUGUUAUCGAUUUAUACGGGUACAUGGGAACCUAAUCCAACUAAUUAUUUUAGGUUAUUUACUUUAUACCAUUUUUUUCAAAGUUUUACAUAUCCGAUAACUGAAGAUUUCUACAAUAUUAGUAUCCAUGAAUCCACAUUGGUCGCAAUAUCUGCUUUUUAUCUUAUACUUUCACUUACAUGGCUGUCAUCUUCGAUUUUUUUGGGAAUCGUAUUAUACCGAAAAAUGUAUGGUAACUUUAAAAUGAGUGUUUUAAUUUGGGCUGUAUUAGCAACUGUAACAACGGGUGUAGAUAUAAUUAUCACAAUUGUCUUGUCUACCGAUUUACGAACGAUUGAAGAUAGUGUUGUGCUUGAUGAUGCUACUAAAUUUAUAUUUACAACAGUAAUAGGAGUUGUAAUGACAAUAUUCGCACGAGGAUAUGUUCUUUUGGUAAUCAAUUUUAGUGUGGCGAUGUGUUUUAUAAGUAAUUUCCUUACAACAAUGCGUAUGUAGCGUAUGAAUCAAAUAUUAGGGUAAAAUCCAUCUACUUCUCAUCAAGUUACUAAUAUAAGCUUA